AUGGGCUUCAAAUUUACCCUUUUGUGUGAUCUGCUGUCCAACCUGGACGACAGCAAAACGGCUAAGGCAUCCACGGCCGCCAGGAACCAGAACCCGGACAUUAGAACAGUCGCCCAGUGGUUCUCUCGACAUGAACGGACAAUUCAUCAUGUCGACACAGACCGUGUGGCGUUGCUUUCGUGUAUGUUCCCCGAAAAACGAACGGACCGAGUAUACUGGCUGCAAGUCAUGCAGCUAUCAAGAGUCAUCGGGCGCUGCUUGGGCUUGGGAUCAUCGAGACUUUCCGAACUAAAUCGAUGGCAAAGUCCUGGUGGCUUUGAUCUCGGAGGGUGUGUCGAAGUUGUCAUGCGACAGGCCGAGAAUUACAUUCCGGCGGGCCAGGAGUUGUCGGUAGAAGAAAUUGAUCGUGCCAUGGCUAUGAUUGCAUCGCGUUGCCGCUUCUCUGGUCCUCUGAUCCGUUGGAAUCGUACAGCUGUGGACGUCGAAGAAAUCCUAUCAAAACUGUACCGUCGAUCAAGUAGCCGCGAUGCCAAAUGGCUCACUCGCAUGAUUCUCAAAAGCUACUCUCCCAUCGUUUUCCCGGAACAGUAUACCCUGAAGAAAUUUCACUUUCUUUUGCCACAACUGCUCCAGCUUCAGAGCUCUUUUGAAGGGGCAUUAGAGAUGCUUGCUUCUGAUCCAAUAAAGCACUUCCCUCCAAACCCGGAUCCACAAUCAGCUAAGAGUCUUAGCACGAUUGCUCUACAGCAUAUGCGCCCUCGUCCUGGUAUCAAGGUGGGGCGACCCGAUUAUUAUAAAGCGCGGAGUAUCAAACAUUGUCACCAAAUGGCCAACGGUCGUCGAAUGAGCAUUGAACGGAAAUACGAUGGUGAAUACUGUCAGAUCCACGUGGAUCUCUCUAACAAAUAUACCCCGAUUCAGAUCUUCUCCAAAAGUGGCAAGGACUCGACCGCGGAUAAAGAUAAGAUUAUACCUAUGAUAGAAGGAUCGCUCCGGAUUGGACUGCCUGACUGCAAAUUUGCGCACCGCUGUAUCCUUGAAGGAGAACUGCUUGUAUGGAAUGACCAGAAUGGUGAUCUGAUGGAUUUCAACAAAAUUCGGAGGUUCCUUCCACGAUCCGGCGCCAUGAUUGGUGUUGACAAUGAUUCUCCGCCCCAACCGUACGAGCACUUGAUGAUCAUUUUCUUUGACAUUCUUCUCCUUGAUAACGAUAAAGUGGUGAAGACUAUCCCAGGCCGAGCGGACCUCGCCUAUCAGGAAGUGCUGGACUUCAACCGAGUUGAUAGCUACCAUAGACUGGAAAAGAGUUUCGAGAAAGCAAUUACGAAACGUUGGGAGGGAUUUGUCUUGAAGGCUUCUGACGAGCCUUACUUUCCGAUAUACUGCGCUGGUGUGGAUCAUAUGUUCGGCCGAUGGGUCAAACUUAAGAAAGACUAUAUACCCGGCCUUGGAGAUACACUAGACCUUGCGUUGAUCGGGGCUAGCUACAACGCGCGGGACGCUCCUGAUUUGGCACAAAUCAAAGGGCUGAAAUGGACUCACUUUUAUGUUGGCUGUCUUCUGAACCCAGAGCAUGUUAAAGAGGGGAACGCUUUGCCGCGUUUCCGAGUCGUUGAUGUGAUUAACCGACAUUGUAUGAGCAUUCAGACCAUGCAAACCCUCAAUAAAAACGGCGAGUUUUAUGCACGUCAACCUGAAACGUUUGAAGGCUUUCACAUUGAGUAUGGGCACGAAGGGCUUCCGACUGCAACCGCCUUGUUCAAGCGCCCGUUCAUCGUUGAGAUGCUGGGAAGUGGAUUUGAAAAACCAUCUGGCGCGAGAUACUUCACACUUCGAUUUCCUCGAAUUUUGAAGAUACACUCGGACCGAACGGUGGAAGAGUGUACCUCUUUCCAUGAACUGUUGACUGCAGCAGAAAAUGCCCGGGCUGUGCCUGCGGAUGAAUUGGAAGAACGGGAGAAAUGGUCAAAACGACUCAAGCUUGGGAGUGGAUUUGAUCAAUAUAUUGUGCGAUCUCCAAGCCCAGAAGCGACUUGUUCAGACACCGACGAGGAGACGAACUCCCCGUCAUCCCAGGCGCCCCAAACCACCACUACUUCUGAAGAAAGCUUUAUGGACGCAUUUCCGUUGAUGGAUGGGAUACGUGAAGAUCCAGUAGGGAAAGACAGCCAUGAUUCAUUAAAUAAUGACCAUCCACUGUGCCCUCUAGUCUACAUCGAUCAGACAUUACUUCCCAUGGAAGAUAAGAAUCCUGUUCUCGGGACCAGUGUACUGACGGACAACGAGAACCUGUCGUCUCGUCAGCGCUCCAACCAGGACGAUGGAAAGGUCGCUUCGCAAGACUCUUCUGGCUUUAUACGUCCUGUGCGGACAAUCAGUUUCACAUCCGCACAUGAAGAGCACCCUCAACAAUUACACGACACUCAGAAACGACUUUCGGACGAAUUAUCGGUGCCCACAACAUCCAAGCAGAAACGCAACGUGGCACCCCAGUCUCCUUUAACAACUAUCCCUAUAUGGACACCUGAAACCUCACUGGGAAGUUUUACAAUUCCCGAAAUUGAUGAAAAGCCCGGCAAUGAUCGCGAAGCUUGUGAUUUGGAUAAAUUUGUUCGAUAUCUCUGCUGUGAUGAAUCUACUUCUCACCUCCAACAAUCAAACCCCUAUGCCGUGUCACAAGGGACCGUAUUUGGAAUUGUCCUGUUUGAUCCCAAGGCAACUCAGUUAGGCAAAGAAAUGCACCGUCUCGCCACAACCCUUUCCAGUUUCGUCCAUACUAGAACAAGCCCACUCCCCUCCAUGGGAAGCAUAUUCUUUUUAGGCUCGAGCAUGUUGGGACGUGACCUACGCCCCGGUGACCUCCGUUUCUGCCUCCGUGAUACGUGGAAAGAUAUUGGACGCGAUCAUUUCUAUGGCUGUCUUUCAUGGAGUCUCAGCAAGCGAUCUGAUGAUAUGUCCAUCGGAAGAGAGAACUUCCGCUUUAAAUUGGAUCAAAGUUGUUAUGAUAUGACAAAUGAGAUAUCAGACCCUCUGCGCUCUGGACCAAGGACCCCAUGGAUUGAGAUGAGCUUUGAUGAAACAGCUAUUGCUGUGUUGGGCGAGUACACCUCGAUCGAACCUCUAGCUCAUGUUAUAUAUAAUUGA